AUGUACGAAGUUUACAAGGCAAUGAUAGUCAAAAUCAUUUGUGAAUUCGCGUACAAGACAACAUGCUCUUGUGUUUUACAAGAUGGAUCAUCCCAGAGUGGGAAACAAAUUCUUUAUUUAUUACAAGCAACAAGAUUAAAAUAUCAUACUCAAUAUGGUACAAUCAGGAAUUUACCUGCAUUAAUAGAUAAUAAUAAGGGUCGAUACGCGGCGAUUAUCUUCGAAGAUAUUGAUAUUUAUUUGCAAUUGAAUCAAUGGAAUAGAGAAAUUUUAGAUAAAUAUUGUGUUGAAUAUGAUGUCGGCGUUAUUUUGUUUGCUUUAUCUGAAAAAAAUAGGUCUGUAAAAACUUUGGAUAAUCAACAGAUUGGAAAUUUUCCACUCAACUACAGCACAAAUGUUUAUAUGAAGGAUUGUGAGAUAAAUCCAGAAUCAAAAAUAUUGAGAGUAACAAGGGCUGGUGAAAUUGUUUCUGGUCGAAUUGGUCGUUCUUGGACAAUUUUCAAUACGAAUCAUAGUACAUAUGAAAUUGUGACAUCAGCAGCGCUAUAUGAUCCUGAUGGACGUCAAUCAAGAAGAUUAUUUCCAAGAGAGAGAAGAAAGCCAAAGCAGGAUACAUUGACAAGAAAGAAAAGAGAUUUGAACAGUUACUUCAGCUUUGAUUUUUUUACCAGGAAGAUGGAAAAACAGAAAACUAAGGUGAUUGACACUACAAGCACUAAUGCAGAGAUUGAUACUUUUCCAACUGUUUUAUUAGAUCGGGGAAAGUAUGACCAAAUUCAGCGAGUUUUCUUUGGAAACAAUCUUUCUUUCUGGCUUAACAAGAUUCUAUUUAUGGAUGCACUGAGUUACCUUUCACAUGGGAAACUAUCUCUACCAUUGGAAAGAUAUAUUCAGAUUGAUAUCGAUGAUAUUUUUGUCAGUGCGGUUGAUACAAGAAUGACGGAAGAGGAUGUUAUGGAAUUAGUAAAGUUUCAAAAGGAUAUGAGGAAAAGAAUUCAAGGAUUCAAUUUUUUACUUGGAUUUACUGGAAAAUUUUAUCAGAAAGGUAAUCCAAAAGAGAACGAAGGAGAUGCCACGUUUCUACGAGAAAGUCAUAACUUUUUAUGGUUUCCACAUAUGUGGUCUCAUAUGCAAGCUCACUUGUUCAACAAUAAAACCUCAAUGUGUUCUUACAUGAUACCAAACAAACAAUUUGCUGAGAGGCAUAAAUUCAAUGUGUCAACUCGCUAUGCUGUCGCACCACAUCAUUCUGGAAUAUUCCCUGUUCAUGAACCUUUGUACGAGUGUUGGAAAGAAAUAUGGGAUAUUGAAACAACAAGUACAGAAGAAUAUCCAAACUUGAGACCUGAUAAUAAAAGAAGAGGAUUUAUAUAUAGAGAUAUCAAGGUGCUACCUCGACAAACUUGUGGUCUUUUUACUCAUACAAAUUAUUUGGAUAAAUAUCCCGGCGGACGCGAAAAACUUGAAGAAAUGAUCCACGGAGGUCUGUUGUUUCAGACGUUUUUAUUCAAAAAGUACAAUAUUUACAUGACGCAUUUCUCCAAUUAUGGAAACGACAGACUUGCGUUGUAUGUUUUUGAUAAAGCCAUCGAGUUUGUUCAAUGUUGGACCAAUCUAAGAGUGAUACAGGUUCCACCAUCGGAACUUGCUAAAAAAUAUUUUGAUGAAUAUCCAGAUGAAAUUGAUCCUAUAUGGACAAAUCCCUGUGCUGAUCCACGCCAUCUGGAAAUCUGGUCAAAAGAAAAAUCCUGCGAUAAACUUCCAAAAUUUGUCAUUGUGGGACCACAAAAAUCCGGUACAACUGCAUUACAUUGGUUUCUCCAAAUGCAUCCUGAUUUACAACCAAGUAGGCCAAGUCCUCAAACAUUUGAGGAAAUUCAAUUUUUCAACACCGAUAACUACCUUAAAGGCUUGGAUUGGUACAUGGAUUUCUUUCCAAUUCCUUCGAGGGAAGAAGAAACAUUCUUAUAUGAAAAAAGUGCAAAUUAUUUUGAGAAUGAUAUUGCGCCAAGAAGGUUGAGUGCAUUGUUACCUAAAGCUCAUAUCAUUGUGUUACUGAUCGAUCCUGCGAAGAGAGCGUAUUCAUGGUAUCAGCACAUGAAGUCCAAAGAUGAUCCAACUGCUAUAAAGUAUUCAUUUGACGAAGUGAUAAAAGCAAAAAGAAAAGGUUCAUCUACAGCAUUGUUGCAAUUGCAAAAAAGGUGUCUUAAACCAGGACAGUACGAGGAACAUAUAGAUAGAUGGACUGAAUAUUUACCAGCUCGACAAAUUAUCUUAGAAGAUGGUGAACUACUUGUGAAGGAUCCAAUCACAGUCUUGCAAAGAUUACAAAAGUCAUUGGGUCUUCCUAAUAUUUUUGAUUAUUCAGAAGCUAUCAGGUUUGAUGAAAGAAAAGGAUUUUUCUGUAAAAUUCAGGAUGGUGGAAACAAAUGUUUAGGGAAAUCAAAAGGUAGAAAAUAUCCUGAAAUGUCAGAAGACAGUCGUCGAUAUUUGGAUGAAUAUUAUGAACACAGUAAUACACGUUUAGUUCAAAUAUUACAAGGUCUUCAACAUCCUAUACCAACGUGGCUCAGUUCAUUAAAUUCAACUGUAACGUGACCAAGAUUGGAAUGAAUCGUCCAGAUUGUAUGAUAAAAAUUAUACAGUAGGUAAUUCACUGUGCCAAGACUUGUCAACAACAAAAGAUUUGUUCGGUUGGAAAUUAGCAAACAAACGGUAAUUAACUACUAGUGGAUCAACAUCGAGUGUAUAAAUUUCGUUCGCAGUCUUUUCAGAAGACACAAUCUUAUUUCGGACUGGGAAUAUUGCAUUGGAAACUGGUAAUUUUAUGACUUUAAGAAUGCUGAUGUCUUACAUGAAACGAGGUGUAUCUGCGCUACUAAAUUAUUCGAGAGUAAUGAUUGUAAAGUGGAGAAUCAUGCAGUGGACAGGGUUAUUAAUCUAGUUACCUUACAUUGAAUCCUAAUUGGGAUUUGAAUGAAACGAUGUAUGGAUGGUUUGAUGUUUUGGAAUCCAGUUUUAUAAUUCAAUAUGAAUAUGUUUUCUAUAUAGAUCCACAGUACAACAAAAUUGUUACAUUUGGCAAUUUUUUUCACUGUAAAACUUCACAUGAAAAAGGCAUUUAAUAAAAAAAAUUUUAAAAUAAAUCAGCGAAUCAUAUCACAACAUUCAUUUACGAAGGCUCUUCUAUAUUCUAACAAAAGUGAUGCCUUCAUUUUCUGCCCAAAUAUAACUUUUACAAUAUGGAUAGUUCUUAUUAAAAUAUAGAAAUUGCUAUCAAACUAUCAAAUGCUAUUUUUCAAUUCAAGUAAGAAAAGGUUCUGUAAGAAAAGACCAUUACGGGAAUUGUAACAAUGUACUGUAUCUUGAUACCGGUGUGUUACUGGCUUUCAAUUUCAAGAAAAACUUGAAAUAGUUUGAAAUCUAUGAUAUUUAUGGUCGUAUUUCAAAUGAUUCGAUUUGCGUUAAUAUAUGUUACAAGAGUAGGUAUGAAUCUUAAGGUUUACCAUAAAUUAUGAUGACAUAUAAGGAAUAUUAAACUGUCCCAUUACACAAGUUUUCUAUCUUGGAAUAUAAUUUUUAAAUUCUUCAAAUAGUAUGCAUAUUAUUUUGAUUCAAGUUUUUGUAAUAAAAUAGUUUUUUCAUGGAUGAAGCAAAUGAUAUAUAAAAAUGAUUAACAUGAAGUUGAGGUUUGAUAAAUGUUAGUGUUAUUUGAAAUUGUGAAUUUUUUUUAUCUUCUCAGUGACUUAUUGAUAUUCUCUCGAUGCUUUAGAGCAGAGGUGUGCAACCUUUAUUACUACUGUAAUUGUUUCUUUAUGUCUUAUAUCUAUAUAUUACUGUAUGUUUGGGGUCCUUGCAAAAAUGGUAGGUUAAAACACGUAGAUUUAUAAAGAAAUCUGCUAUUCAAAUUUAUUGUCACACCGACUUCAAACGAAUUCAGUGAGAAACAAGUUUUUAUAACAUUGUACAUUUUGCAUUUAUUUUGAUUUUGCCAGCUAGUUUUGCUAAUAUGACAGUGGCACUCAGGUACUGGUAUAGGCUUUGAGAUACAAAGAUAAUAUAAUUGGCUAAUUUCUUGCAUGUUCCAGAUUAACUACCGGUAAACUAAAAUCUCGUUUCACAGGCAAACCAUUCAAAAUUGACACUUUUUCCCGAGCUGCACAAUUUCUUUUUGCGGUCUGCAGUUUGCACAUCCCUGCUUUAAAGUAAAAGUAUUUGUAUCCCAAUAUUAAUAAAUUGGGAGUUCCUUAUCAAAUACUCAUUAAAUUUUCUCUGGUCUUGUUAGGGAUUUUUUGUUUCUUCCCAAAUGUUGCUGAUUUUUAAAAAUUGCGUCAUCACUUACUGAUAAUCCAACAAAGACUACUUAGAUUUUUUUGCCAUCAAUUGCAAAGAAGUAUUGGUUUCAUGAUGGUAUAGUUAAUGUAUUUUCAUGUUCAUAUAUCCAUAAAUUGCUUUCUUAUUUAAGAUGAAGGGUUUUAAACUUAUAGAGUGUAGUCAGUAAAAUAUAUGUAGAGUGCACUUUGCAAGGUUAUUUACUGAGCUUGUCCUAUGCAGCUGAAUUGUUCUCUGGAUCUGUUAUUAUGGAGUAUUCCAAUAUAAAAAACAUUGUCAAAAUUUCCAGAAAUGGAUGUGUCAAAUUUUACGUUCUACACUCAUGUCAAUAGUGGAUUAUCAGCAUGCCUAUAUUACUAUUUUUUGUUUCGUUUUGUUAGAACCCCUUUUUAUAUUUUGAUGGGGAUUUGAAGCACCAAUAUGGGGAUUUGAACUAGUAUUGAAUAAUUUGUUCUCUUUUAUUUUUAAGGAUGAAAUUUUGACAUAUCAUGUUCCCAAAUUAUAUUAUUAUUCCAUUUGUAAUAGGUUUCAAAUUCGUUACUCCCGAAGUAUGUGAACCAAGAUGGCGAACACCGGAAUGUAGUAUGUGUACAGGGAUGGGGUUAGGCCAUAAUUUCAGGUACAAAUACUACGGGAGUCACUUGGCUAGUCCCCGAACUCGUAAUAGAACUAAAGUAAAAAAAAUUGGAAUAAAAUUAUGGCCUAACCCUAACCUGGUACACAUACUACGUUCCGGUGCCCAUCAUCUUGGUUCACUUCGAGAGUACCUCAAAUUCUACGAAGCGUACAUGAUUCAGUCUUCUAUCAAAUCUCAAUAAAUGAACUAGAUCAGAUCUGGAAAUAUCUUAUUACAAUUGUCAGCCAUUCCUUUUCGAGCUCUUUAUAUCCAUUCAGUAGCUUUCCAUAUGUGGCAUGUACUUGACAAAUUUAUUUACUCUGGAUUUGUUUUAUCAAUACAAGUUAUUGUGUGCAAGACUGCCAACGUUUUUUUAAACUUCCAAGAUUAACAUCAUAUAAUUUUGUGAGCAAUUUUAUUAUUUAUUUUAUAUAUAACACUCAACAAUGUUGACUAUUUUUUAUAGUACAUUUUUAAAAUUACAUUCAUUCUAUUAGAAAAGAUAUUCCUUUUUUAUCAAUAGAAUUGUAUUGAUAUCUUAUACAAUUCAACUGGUACUCAAAAUCAGAAAUUGCCAGAACAUUUUCAAAUAUCACAAAUAAUUAAAUUUGUCUUAACAUUUUGGGGAGGAAAAUUAGGACACGUGGGUUCCACAUUUGGAGACUUGAAACUUAAAAAAAAUGAUUAAAUCGACCAUAUUUAUAUUCUUAUUUUUGUAAAUAUUUCUUAACUAGUAAUAUCCUAGCUUUUUUGUUUGGGUAUCGUUUCAUAUAGGUUUACUGGGUCAUGGAUGGCAAAGAGUUAUAUAAAUAACCUUGUUGAGAAAAGGUAACUGAAGCUGUGAAAGUCUCAGCCUUGGUCGCAAGUGACUUUUACUGCACUGAACUUAUUUUAACCAUAUUGGCCUCUACUUCGACAUCUCCAUUUUAUUUUGUCAACUCUUUGAACGAAAGAUCAAUUCCAAAUAAAAUGAUCAAUUCUACUUUGUGAAAAUUUGAAUUUUCAAUGUUUUGUUAUCCUUACAUGUAGUGGUGGGAUUCAAAUUUUUUUGUCAUCUGGUUCCUUCACAAAGUCAUAUUUUUCAGCCGGUUCUGUUACAACCAGAACAUUGACAGUAACCAGUAAUGCUAACCGGUUCGCUGAUCUCAUAAAAUUCUGUGAGACGGUUCUAUAGAACCGGUGCGAACCGGCUGAAUCCCGCCACUGCUUACAUGCUCUUCUUAUUGAAGCUAUGUAACUCUUAAAUGGGUGGACUGGUUUUUUUCCAGUUUGUUUACGUUACAAGAGUCCCACCCUUAAAUGAAUUGAAUAAUAGCAUUUACUUGCAUAGUACAAAUAUUUCUAUCCUAUCAAUUAUCGAAAAUAUAUUUUUUAUCUCAUCCCUUUUAUUUUAUCUUAUCAACUAUCAUCAGUUUUAUGAUGCUUAUGAUGAAAUUCAUCAAUUAUAUGAUGCUUACCUCAAAAUUAAAAUAACUUUUUCAUACUGAGAAAACUACAAAGUUGAAAAAAUUUUGCUUAGAGACUAUUGUUUUAGCUUGGGCAGAUAUUGAAUAUGUUAUACCUUAUUACAAAUUGGAAAAUAACUAUAUUCAUUUUGAAUAUUUGGAUUUGAAUGUCACUUGUUUCACUUAUAUUUAAAAAAUUCUGUUAAAACGUAUCUGACCAAGCAAUUUUUAUAGAGUCUUUUGAAUAAGCCCUUUCAAAAUGUAUUCAUUCCGAUUAUUUGCAUUAUUCGAUUUAUGUGACACUAAGUAUGGUUUGUUGCUGAACUGUAUCUUUGGAGCAUGUUUAAUUUUUGUGUCACACUUGACCACUUGGAAAUACUGACACCAUGUUAAUAUGUGGAUUCCUAUAUAGGUGCUUCCAUUUUAGGAUUUAAAAUGAAUCUUAAGGUGGUAUAUCUUGGAAGAGUGUUUUUCAAUGAUCAAGCUGUUAUUUGGGUCCAGUGUAGAAAUAUAAACAAAGCAAUGUUUGCCAUAGCUUGGCAAACGGAAUUGCAAUACAGCAUAAAUAGUACCAGUAUAUUUGGAUACCUUGUUCCAGGUGCAAUCAUCUCCUAUCCUCGUCCUUAUACUUCCAAUUAUUGCAAAUCCUACCUCAAAUAAAACUUUGGUACAAAAUCUUUAAGUCAAGCUAACAUGUUAUAAAUUGCCAGAUGGUUUUUUAUUCAGGCUGAAUCAUGAGCAGAAAAAUUCGGUUUGGAAAAUCAAGCGAGAAAUUUAGUAGUCUUGAAAUCACAUACAAUUGUAAUUAUGCCUAAAAACAGUUCAUUUACUUGAGUUUUGAAAUGGAAUUUUAUUGUUUUGUUCACAUUCAAAUGUAUGUCACAUGGUGCGUCACAAAUACAGACAAGGUGAAGAUCACUGCUAUUUCAACUACAGCUGAUUAUUACUCAACAACAAUAGUAUUUUAUUUUGGUUUAUUUGAUGGCAUUGUAAAUUCAUGUUCAAUAUGUCACAAUUUUAGCAUUGUGGAUUAUCUUGUGUUACUUCUUUGCCCUUAUUUUUAUACAGUUAUUUUUCUGAAACUUUUGUUGGGCGGCAUUCUGAUUUCCUCCUCCAGUAUUUCUCCUUUUGACAUUUAUCUUACAAAUGAACUAAUAAUAAAUGUCUAGAAAUGUUUGCAUUUAUUUAGGUAGGGCCUGUCAGGUAUAACGUUACCUGUAUCAACUGCGUAUUUCGAAGAUUUUCGUUGUGUAUUCCAGCACAUGGCGGGCAUCAUUUCGGGCUGUUAGGCAAUGUGGCUAGCACUGGGAAUAUCGGUGGAAUCUGAUAGACUUUGCGACCGACACCAGGCUAAAGUGAGUUUUGAAUGCGACAAUACCAGAAAAUCCGUCUGCAACCUCGCACGAGGAAAAAAUUUCAAGAAUCUAAAAUGACGAUAUAUUGCAUAAACUAAUUAUUGUUAUGUUGUUUUCACAAGGUUUUUGAGUAUUAUUUCAGUAUUGAAUUUGCU